AGUUGCGUCGUGUCGCUUUUAGAGUGCGUCGCAUGUUUUUCGCUAAUUAAACUCCGGUUUAGUACGCGGACAACAGGUUAUUUGUAACGGCGAUAGUUGAGGUUUGGUUAAACGAAAACAUAUGGUGAUUAAAAGUUGUUUUUCCAAAAGUUUUGUAUCACCAACAAGCAAAAUUAGUUGGAAAAGGAUUAAAUCGAUUCGAGAUCCCCUUCAUACCUGCCAUGAACUGCUGCGAUGUGGAGUUAUGUAAUGGCAGCGGCUCGAGGUGACCCACGCAGGCGCCCCGGGUCGGUUUUUACUGUACAACCUGUAUCUAGCGGAUCAGGACCUGGUCCUUGCAGAGACGGACUUUCAGCUAAUUCUGGAAAGUACUCUUCCAACUAUCUGGCAGGUUACACCAAAGUGACAAGGAAAGAUCGCAUCUUUAAAGGGUUUUCUCGAGACGAACUUACAACCAGCAACUCAACACUUUCUAGAGAUGGGUCAAGGGAUGUAUUGGCAGAAGUACAAGUACAUACACCCCUAUCCAAGAGAGGUCAAUCGGGAACUGAAAAACCGCAGGAAAAUUCCCAACAGAAUCGUUUACUUUCAACUGUUCGAAAUCGGCUAAGCCAAAUAGCAUCGACACUCCAGGCAGCCGUUAGAUUUCGAAGAUUUUCUAGAAAAGGAUCGAGCGCCGCACCGGAUUGGUUCGUGGAUAAAAGUCAUCUCGAAGAAAAUACCGCCGGCGAUAAGGACAAUGGAAACGGACCCACUUGUUAUGGACACCGUAUUGUUGUUGAUCCCACGAACCUGUCACAUUAUGUGUGGCUCAUGGUGGUAUCAUUGGCAGUUCUUUACAACGUAAUAUUUGUUUUGGGCAGAGCAGUUUUCUGGGAAUUGAAUAACAAACUACAAAUCAGACCUCUAUGGUGGACAUUAGAUUAUCUCUGUGAUGUUAUUUAUAUUAUUGACGCCUUUGUACACGCACAUGAAGGUUAUUUGGAACAAGGCCUUCUAGUAACCAAUCCGCAGAAACUCAGGGCGCACUAUCUCCAAUCAAAAUCUUGGCGAACAGACAUUUUGUGCGUCAUUCCUACAGAUUUAACUUAUUUUUGGUGGGCCCCUAAUGAGUGUGAUCUAAAAGUGCCGUGCCCGGUAAUAGUGCGACUCAACAGACUGUUUAAAUUACCAAGAUUAUGGGAAUGGUUUGAAAGAACAGAAACAGAUACAAACUACCCGAACGUUUUCAGAAUUUGCAAAGUGGUACUCGCUAUCCUAGUGUUGAUACAUUGGAACGCAUGUUUAUACUUUGCCAUUAGUUAUUUUAUAGGCUUUGGGUCAGACAAUUGGGUCUAUAAUUUAAAUGGACCGCAGAAUGCUUCUUUGACUAGACAAUAUAUUUAUAGUUUUUAUUGGUCAACUUUGACUCUGACUACUAUCGGUGAAACCCCAGUGCCUGAAAACGAUGCCGAGUACUUGUUCGUUGUCGCGGAUUUCUUGGCAGGAGUCUUGAUUUUUGCUACUAUUGUCGGUAACAUCGGUUCCAUGAUAUCAAAUAUGAACGUGGCUCGAGUAGAUUUUCAGAAUCGGAUGGACGGCGUCAAACAGUACAUGGCAUUUCGGAAAGUCGGAAGAGAAUUGGAGGCUCGCGUGAUACGAUGGUUUGCUUAUACGUGGGCAGAAAGCGGCGCUUUAGAUGAGGAAAGGGUUUUGUCGGCUCUGCCAGAUAAAUUAAAAGCGGAAAUUGCCAUCAGGGUACAUCUGGAUACUCUUAGGAAAGUCCGAAUUUUUCAGGAUUGCGAGCCAGGUCUACUGGAAGCUUUAGUCCUUAAAUUGAGAUUACAGGUAUUUUCACCUGGGGACUAUAUAUGCAGGAAGGGUGACGUAGGAAAAGAAAUGUACAUCGUCAAAAGAGGAAGACUUCAGGUUGUGGCAGACGAUGGUUACAUCGUUUUAGCGACACUAGGAGCUGGUUCAGUUUUCGGUGAAGUGAGUGUGUUGGACAUAGCAGGAAAUCGAACAGGGAACAGAAGAACUGCCAACGUCCGGUCUUUGGGAUAUUCGGACCUUUUUUGUCUAGCUAAAGAUGAUCUUUUAGUCGCUUUAGCUGAUUAUCCAGAGGCCAGAGCAACGUUAACUGAGCGUGGCUGCCAACUUUUGAGAAAGGAUGGUCUCUUGGACGAAGAACAAUUCCGAAAUGCAAAAGAUACCCAAGAAUCGAUGGCAGAUAGUAUUAAGAAAUUGGAAGCUACGGUGCAAACUUUGCAAAUUCGACUGGCUAGACUUUUGGCAGAAUAUACCGCUAGCCAAGCAAAAAUCAAACAAAGACUUACCAGAGUGGAAAAUAAGGAAAAAGAAAAGGAAUUGGUAUCGAAUGAACCUCCAAAUGAAAAUAUGCUUGUUCCACAUGGCAGAAGAAGACUUCAUUCGUACGAAGUAAGAAGAGAAACUACCAAUUUAGGCACUAGACAUAGAACUAUAUAGUGAAAGACCAAAAUUAACACUAUGUUGCUAUUAUUAUAAAUAUGUGAAUUAUUCAUGGCCGUUACGUUUUAAUUUCAGAAACUCGAAGGCUCUUGAAUGACAAUAUUUUUUGUACUAGAACUCACAAUCAUAUUUACACCAAGUAAAAUAUUCCAUAUUCUUUUUGCACUUACUGUAAUAAAGAGAUACUUAUAUACGGUGGUAAAUUUUUUUGUAAUAACUUCUUGGAGACAGUAAGAUUAACCAUUUCGUUUAAUUUUUAAUAUUUUUAACUCUCAUACGCUCUCAAGCCAAAUAUGAAAUGAUCAAAAUUCUUUUAAUUCAAAUAAAGAUAUGACCAAGAGGUAGAGGCAGAUCAAGAAAUACCUGGACAAACCAAGUUGAACAAGAUACCAUAAUGCUAGAAAUAGUAGACUGGAAAGCAAAAUGCAGAAACAGAAAAGAAUGGAAAAGCUAACAAACGAGGCCAGGGCUGUAACAAACUGUAACAAAAAGAACAGGACUUAAUCCAAGAGAUUGAACGGUAUAAUAAUGAAUGAUGAUGAUAUAUUUAUGUAAAAUUUCCUGAUCAACGCUGCAAUAGUUCAUAGGAAAGUAAUCAAAAACAUAUAAACAUACAAAUAAAACAACAGUUAUUGAUGCUAGAAAAAAACCACAUGAGACUGGUGACAAUAAUCACUAGAUCUGAAACAAAAUUAUAAGACUAUUGCUUAUUGCUAUAGACUUCAAGUUCGGCUUCCACACAUCAGAAAAUCUACAAUUCUGAUUGUAAUAUAUAAUAUCUAACUGGACAUUAUGUAUUUCAAUUUCUCAAUAAAAACAACAUCAAAAUUCAGGCUUCAGUUUGGCACAUAAUUUAAGAACUCUAAUGUACGGUACCCGAAAAAAUGUCAACAUAAGAAUUUUAAUGUAGAUACUUUAACCAACUUAGUUCCAAUCUAACAGGAUGAAUUUCAAUAAAUCUUCAUAAAUUAUAAUAAACUGUUCUACUAGGUUCUCAUUUCACUCUUUAAGUACUUGUUACAAUCGAAAUUUCUCUCUUUACAGUACCAUAGGCAAGCUACGUGCUUUUCCUGAGUGUGCUUUGUCAAAUUCAGACAAACCUUCAAAAUAAAUAUUCAUAAUAUUCACAAAGAAAAUGAAUGAUCUCGAUAUCCAAAAUCGAAUAGAAUUACCGUAUUUCUUAAAAGGGUAUAUAUUUGUUAACUUUUGAAUACCAAAAACGAAUCAGAAAAUAUUUUUUUCUAAUCUUAGAAUACUGAAAAUUACAUAAUAUAGAAUAAUGAAAAAAAAAUUUCAAGGAAUAUAAUAAAAAAGAAUGUUGUAAACAGCAACUAAUAUUCUAUGUAACACCCAUUUGCACGUAUCAAACCAGCACACUUUCAACAAGUUGUACAAUAAAUUUUGUGCGAUAUCUGCCCAAUAUUUUGGAAGAAUAUUUCUAAGCUCCUUUAUGGUUUAUGAUAGCAAAUUGUAGUCAUCAAUGGUUUUUGGAACUGGUCCCCACUAUGGAUUCAAAUCAGGCGGUAAUUGAUGAAAAUCCUGACUUUCUAUUUCCUCCAAAACCACCGCAGCUCGAUGUGGUCUUGCAUUAUCAUCAAUAAAAAUUAAGUGCCUACAGCGACAUAAAAUUGUGGCAGUAUUUUAGCUUCCUUAUACCUGUUCUGUCAUGUUCCUGGUCCAAUUUCCUGACCAGACCAUAAUUUUGACCUCCUUGAAAAUCGGAGAAUGGUGUCAAUGAUACUUUCCUUAAAAAUCACCUGGAUCUUAAAUUAAUAUCAAAGAUUCUUCACCUCAUUGUUGAAAUCGAUACAGAAAUACAUCUACUCUUAAAAAUUCUUCAUCAUAAGAUUCUGCUGGUUAGGCCAGAUAACCAUUAGCAAUUAGCAAUGGCAGUUGUUACUCUGGUCUUUCAGUUCUUCGUCUUUAAGCAACAGAAUCGACUGAGCAUCCUCAAUUGAUACUUUGGGAUAGAUUUAAUCGAUUAACACCCAUAACCUAAACACACGUCAACUAAUUUUCGGUAGCUAAUUUUCUUCUUAGCAUUAUCAAAAUUAACCAAACUUCUAUACAGCAGUUUUAUAUUUUUAUACAAAUCAUAAUAAGCAAUUCUGAAUUCAGAUUGCUAAUCAAAGACCUCACAAAUCUAGGAAAAUAAUUCCCAAUGAUCACGUUGGAAUAAAAUAUAGCUUUUCUCUAAUAUCAAUAAAAAUCUGAAAAUAUCCUUAGCUUCUGAAUAGGUACAUUGCACUUUAAAAUUAUUAAACAUAUUAGACUUUUAAGAAAUCAAUUAUCUUCAUAAAAUGAAUGUUUUGAAAUAAAAUAAAAGCAUUUUUAGCUUACAAUAAUAUUUUAUAUUAUCAAAUAGUCAAUUAUGUCCAAAAUCAUUAAUAUAAAACACAUUGAAUGAAUCAUGUGAAUUAGUAUAUUACAAUACUAGGGCAGAAAGUUACAAAUUUCUGCACUGCAGGCCAUGAACACGGCGAACAGCUCAGAGCUCUAAAACUUCUACCCUUCUGCUGUAUACUAUUCUUCUUUAUAGCCGGUGGAAACUAACUAAACCUUUAACGAGGCAGAAAGUUAAAGAUGUUUGCAUUGGUAAAGCUCUGAGCCGCGUACCAUAAUGUUCAAGGCGUAGCAAAAAUUUAGAUUCAAAAUUAAAAUUGAACUUCUUAAGGCCUUAAGGCCUAGGCCUGACCUCUCUUCUGGAUUGGCCCUCGAGCUAAUAGCUAAAAUAUUCUACCGCAGUCAUCAACUAUUAGUAUUUGUUUAUGCUGCACUUAUAUAUUCACAACUUCUUCUCAAUCAUAAAAUUAGACUCUUUCCAUGAACAGGGAAAGUCUUUCUACUUUAUUCCAUGACACAAUAAUAGAUGAAGGGAUGUAAAUAAAUAUUUCUGUAUUUCAAUAGUUGUAUUAGUUUAUAUAUUUGUUAUUCAAGAGUAUAACUUAAUAGUUUCCGAAGUUUUAACAUUUCUAUCUCUAUCCAAUAAAAGUUAGCGAUGACGGUAUGUGGAUAAAAUUGAUGUAGUUGUUCCUGGGGAAACAAAAACGCUUAAGACUCCCAAGAGUAAAUUUUAUCAAAUAUAAUCGCUGUUACCAUCGCUAACUUAAGAAAUAUCUGUCAAUAUUUGUACAUCGAUUAAAUGGUGUCAAGAUGUUUUAUAAUGUUUUCCAUUCUAACUGGUGAAAAUCACGAUGAAUACAUUGCAUAUGUAGUUUACUUACCUUAAUAUUAAUUCAAAAAACUACAAUUUAAUCUCAAAAGUUUUCAUAACGUAAAUACAAUAGUUUCGACAAAGGACAUACAAUCAUGACGUUGAAAUUUUUGAAACCAGAGGUGAUACUAAUACUGAACUCACUAUUUACUUCUUGCACUAUAUCAACACUUAUAAUUGCACUGUCUGGAAGCGCGUUUCGAUAGCCAAGCUAUCGUCUUCAGAGAUCGAUUAGAUUUUUAUAAAAAUAAUUUUAGUUAUGUUCAAGAUAACUUUUGUAUCCGAAGCUUCUACAACUUAAGCCGGUGAACUUUUGAAAUGUUUCAACUAUCUCAUCUUUCGUCAAUGUUUCUUUAAACUAAAGAAUAAUCAGAGAUCACAUAUAGCCAAAUCAGAUGAAUAGGUGAGAUAUUCAAUAACAUUAUUUUCACGUAAAUAUUCAACUGUCUACUGUGCAGUGUAUGACGAAGCAUUAUCGUGAUGCAAAGUUAACCCUACAGGCUAAGAUUUUGAAAAGUACCAGUUUGCUGAAGCUCUGCAUUGAUCUUCAAGCUCAAUUAAUUUUACUAAUCCUCUACUACUAAAGAAAACUGAGUACAAAACUGUCUUAAUAGAACUUCUUUUUGCCAAUGUUGGUGAACGUUCUUCAAUAUACACACGGCUGUCAUGGCGGAUAGGAAGAUAAUGUUACUAUUUUAGAAAGAUUGAGAUGUCCACCAUUAUUUAACAUUUCUUUUGUUUUUUGUACGACACUCACACGCUCUGCCUCAAGUUGAUCGUGUAAAAUUUAAUUGGCUGCUGCAAAUUCAACAUCAAGGGUUGCCUCAAUCACUUAAUAAGUGCAUGUUGGAUCUUCUUCGAUCAUACGUCUCACUCUAUCCAAGUUUCCUACAGUAACUGAAGAACAAGGCCUGCCCCCGCAUGUCUCAUUACAAAGCGAUAUCCUUCUUUUUAAUUCGCUAUAUCUGCGAAGCACAUUUAUUUGUAAAGGUUUUUAUAUUUCGAUGACAAAUCGUAUGUGCCAUUAUUAACUCUAUGCUAACGGCGACCCAACUGCGGUCAGGGUUAAGAAUGGAGGUAUUGAAAAAUGUUUCUAACUCCCCUAGUUUGGUGUCAUCUCAAAAUAUACAUAGUGAUCCUCGUAUUUCACUAUAACAAUUAUAACUUUUACAAUUCGCUAAUAUUUCGGUUUCUGUAGAGUACGAAAUAAAACAUUGAUUUGUUUUCUAAAAUAAUAACGGCUAUAAGCCUUAACUUAAUGUUGUCGGUAUGCUAUUUGUCAGUUUAUUCCGAUGAUCAAGUUUUGUGUACAAAAUUUUUCAAGGAUCUAAGAAAAAAUUGUUCAAAAGCGAUGAAUCAGAAGAUUUGGCUGACCUCUAUAUGGUAUCGCUUUUUCCAAUCCAUCUAUCUUGAAAAACUUCUUUUGCAAUUUGGAACAGUAGCUACUAAAUUGAGGCGAUGUUCCGUCCUGCUAAAACUAAACGUCAUUAAAAUGGUUAGUAGCUGCAUUUCUUAUGAAAGGAACUAUACGAAUUCAAAUACUUUAACCGUGUCCAACUGAUUUCUUCAAAUAAUGAUGGGACUCUAAAUGUGAUCAUAAACGCACUUCUUCGCAUAUAAUCGUUCAUAACUUUUUUACAAAGCAUCAAACGCAGCUCAUAUAUUUUUUUGUAAAUCUUCAUAAAAAAACGAACAUUUUGGAAAAAAAAUUGAAAAAUGUUUGUUUAAUCAUUUUUUAUAUCUAACAGUCAAGCUUAUUAAGAUACCAUUUUUUUAAUGGUGAAAAUUUUUAAUUUUUCAAAGUUUACUUUUAAUAUGGUACACUUGAGUACAAUAAGUGAUUUUAAGAAUGUUUUUGCUCAUAUAACUUACUUAAUAAAAAAGUUACAAACGAUUAUAUGUGAGAACAGGUCAA